AUGAUCCAAAAUGUUCUACAAGGUCAUAGUGCUAUAUCUUCUGGUUAUUUGGCAACACGUGGUGUGGCUACAUGUAUAGCGGUUAUCGCAACAUUCGUUAAUUCUGCAUCGAUUUUCAUUGAGCAUAUUAGUGCUGAAAAGUUAUUCGCAGAUAUGCCGACUAUCAAUGGUACUCAACGGAGACUGGAGCGUAUAGUUCGUCAUAUUUUUCAACGUGCUGGUGCAGCUGCUGUCGUUCGCUCAGUUUUAUUGUUGGGUGGUUGUACCGCAACUUCAUAUGUAGCUCUCGAAUUGAUCAUCAAUAUUUUACGCUACAGACGACAAACAAUACGUGCCAUAACAAGUCGUGUAACCGAUAGUCAACUGCGAAAUUUUCUCGAGGCGAUUAUUGUUACUCGUCUACAACUAAACCCAGAAGCAUCAUUUAUAGAUGGUUUAGGAGAAAUUGCAUAUCAGGUAUCAAUUGUAGUUAAGAUUGACCAUCCGAAUGAUUCCGGACGUUUAAUGAUCUCUCAAAUAAGAGAGAUUGGUCUCUUUAUUUCAGAAACACUUUACAUGGUUAUUCUGGAUGCUAGAUCAGGCGAGUCAUUGAUUUCUGGUCAGCAAGCAAUUCUUAAUUCUUCUUGGUCUUUCUAUCCUGAUCCAAUAUCCAACGAACACCGGCAACUGGUGGUAAAAAUGGCGAUGCUGAUGUAUAAUGUAGAAGGAAUGGCGCUUAUUACACAAGAUGAGUUUUUUUUGAUGCGGUCGACACUGAUGAUAAUAUAUUGA